AUGGCCAUCGGCAAUGGCACGGCUCAGGCGGCCGCUCAGGCUCAACAGGCCGCCCAGGUGGCCGCAGCGCAGAUGGGCGGACCGCACGGGCUGACACAACUGCAGCAUCUCUCCCGAGGUCCUCAGCAGAUGGUUCGACUGAUUACUCCACAGCAGGGGCAGACGCUGGCCGGCAUGGGCGGCCAUCCGCUCGGUCACGGUCCCCAGCAGAUCAUCACCAGUCUGGCGCAUGGCGGCAACCUCGCCGGAACGCCCAUUAUGCUCACCUCGGCCAUGGGCGGCGGCGGACCGGCACAACUGCUCACCACGGUCACAACUGCACAGCAGCACCAGCUUCAUCAGCAGCAGCAACAACAACAGCACCAACAUCUGGCGACGAGCUUAGGCGUGGGACCGCCAACACAGCAGCCUGGAGGUAUUCUCUCGGCGGCGACGACCCUACCUCAGACGCGGAUGCCAGUGCCGACGAUGAUGCAGGUCGGCCAUCCGGUUCACCAGAUGGGCGCGCCGCUCAAUGCAUUACCCAUUAACCAGUGUCAGCUGCACCCGGGCGCGCCGACGAUACCACCGCCUGCCCGAGCGACGACGCCCUCCAAACCGAAGGCGCCCUCCAAGUCAAAGGCGGCCAAGGAGAAGGCAGAGGCGAAGAAAGCGGCGGCCGCGGCAAAUGCUGCCGCCCUCGCUGCCGCCAGCGCCGCCUCUUCUGGCGGAGCUGGAGUCCCGGGCGUCUUUCCGGGUCCAGUGGGAGCGGGGCCAGCGGUGCCCGGUGAGAAGGGCGGUGCGGCGAAGGCCAGCUUCAGGGACGACGACGACAUCAACGACGUGGCGGCGAUGGGCGGCGUCAAUCUGCAGGAGGAGUCGCAGCGCAUUCUGGGCACCGGGGCGGAGAUUAUCGGCCAGCAGAUUCGCAGCUGCAAGGAUGAGCCCUUUCUCCACGGGACGCCGCUGCACAGUCGCAUCAGUGGAAUUGUGAGAAAACACGAGCUUACCGACUGCUCUGCCGAUGUGAUAGCCCUCGUGUCACACGCCGUCCAGGAGCGCCUGAAGACGCUAGUCGAAAAGUUGGGCUGCAUUGCCGAGCACAGACAGGAGCAGUUUAAGAACAACCCCAACUACGUAGUCUACCAGGAUGUGAAGGCGCAGGUGCAGUUUCUUCAAGAGCUGGAUCGCAUUGAGAAGAAGCGCCACGAGGAGCAGGAGAGAGAGGUGCUCAUCAAGGCGGCAAAGAGUCGCUCAAAGAUGGACGACCCCGAUCACAUUGCGAUCAAGGCGAGAGCGAAGGAGAUGCAGCGCCAGGAGAUGGAGGAGAUUAGACAGCGGGAGGCGAAUGAGACGGCACUGCAGGCCAUUGGCUUCCCCAAGAAACGACAAAAGACUGGGCCGGCGACAAGUGGUGGUGGUACCAACAGUAGCGGUGGUCCUUCCAGUGUCGGUGGAGGAGGAUCAGGCGGAGGCACUGAUGGACCUUUUGGGACAGGAGGCGGCGGCGGCGGCUCUUUGAACAACCUCAGUGGGGGCAGCAACAGCAACGGCCUGGGCCUGGGCAGCUCCAGCUCCUCAGGUCUGACAAAUCACAGCGGAGGAGGUGGUGGAGGUCUUGGCGGCAGCGGAGGAGGCAAUGGCGCAGGAAGUGGUUCAUCCACCAAACCAGCAAUCAAACGUAUCAAGAGGGUGACAAUGAAGGACGUCUACUUUAUGAUGGAGCACGAGCACGACAUUGUCCGCUCGCACAGUCUCUACCGGACCUAUGCUCGGUAG